CGGGCGCCCGAGGUUGCCAUGACGACCGCCGGCGCGGCGACCCCGCGAAGCCGCAGGUGCUGAGGGCCGGCUGGGCGGCCGCAGACCGCCGAGAACAUGAGGAGCUGGUGUCUGUGUCAGAUCUGCACCUGCGGGCGACAUCACUGUCCACAUGGAACCACAAGGAUUUAUGAAAAUUCUGGUGUAUCUUGCCCCACCACUGAAUAUUUGGAAAAAUAUCCUACCUAUGGCAAUGUUCUUCCACCUCAGAGUCUGAAACCCAAGCAAGAAUUUCGAGCAUGCCGUGGUAAAAUGGAAGGAAUAACAACAUUUAAAUCGGAUUAUCGUCCUUACGAGAUAGUCAAACAGCCUCGCCAUGUACCAGAAGAAUACAAACCAAAACAGGGGGAGAUUGAUCUUGACACUACCUACAAACGAGACUUUAAUUCUUACAAAGUGCAGCCUGUGGCCAUAGUCCGGCCUUUGGAGAGACAACAAGUUAAACAAGGGAAGGUGGACACUGUCCCAACCUAUAAAGAUGAUUAUAGAGCCUGGGACACUCAGAAAAUUGACCUUUAUAAGCCUGAACAAACUUAUCAUCCCCCCACUGUGAAAUUUGGAAAUUCAACUACAUUUCAGGAUGACUAUGUUCCUCAGGAGAUAAAGCCUAGGCAAAGCUUUAAACCCAGCCCUGUAGUCAAACGUUCUACAGUCCCUUUUAAUGGUGAGACAAGCCAUCGCCUUGAUUAUGUACCUUAUCAGCUAGAACUCAAGUUUGCAAGGCCAAAAGAAGUGUACAAGCCAACCAACCAACCCUUUGAGGAUCUCACAACUCACCGAUACGACUUUCAGGGUCUUGUUGGCGAAACUGCAAAAAUCUGCAGACCUCCAUACACCAGAGUGACCCAAAAUGCUCAUUUUGAAGGAAGCACGGAAUUCCGUGAAAGCUUUCAACCUUGGGAAAUCCCACCACCCAAAGUCAAGAAAGCACAAGAAUAUGUCCCGCCUACAGGUACCAUGCAGCUGAGCAGCACAAGCCAUCUCGACUAUGUUCCCUAUCAGACCAGACGUGUCAGUCCCAUCAGGCCAGUUGAUCAAAGAAGAAAUAACAAUUUUCCUUUUCAAGGAAAAAGCACCACAAAGGAAGAUUUUCCAGCCUGGGAAUGCUGUCGUCAAGGUCUUAUUAAGCAGCAGCAGCAGAUUCCCAACCCAUCUGGAAAAUUUGAUGGUUGGAGCACUUUCAGGUCUCACUACGUGCCACAUGAGCUGAUCCCGACGGAGAGCUGCAAACCAGUACAUGCUCUGUUUAAGAGUUCGGCUCCAUUCGAUGACACAACCAUGUACUCUACAGAGUACACACCAAAGAAACAGGAAAUCUGCCCGGCUAGCUAUCCUUCUCCUCCAGGGUAUAUCUUUGAAAGUACAAAUUCUCAAGGCCAUAAAUUCUUCCGCAAGGUUACGCCCACAGUGGAGGCCUUCUAAUCAUCAAAUCAUGUUUAAAAUGAAGCUAACAGAUAUUGGUUUUCUAAGGGCAAAGGCAGGCUUUUUUAGGGGGGGGAGGGGAAGAGGGAGAGAGAGACUCUUAAACAGGUUCCAAGUCCAGCACAGAGCCCGAUGUGGGGUUUGAUCUCACAAUCCUGAGAUCAUGACCUGAGUUGAAAUCAAGAAUUGGACGCUUGACCGACUGGGCCACCCAGGCGCCCCAAAGCCAAUUUUUUAUAAUCAAAAUAACUUAUGGGAGAGCUAAAACAAAUCAUUUUUAAAUCUGUAAAAAUUGAUUUGGAAAAUUAAUUAUAGGAAAUAAGGGCCUUAAAAUCCAUUUUGUAUUGAUCCUUUACCAAGAUUGUUCUUUAAGAUGCUGUUCUGAACGCUGAAUCAUGGACAUUCCCAUCUGAACUACUUUAAUUCCCAACCUACUCUUUGGUUGCUUCUCUCCAAUCUCUUAUCAUUUAUACCUAUGUUUUUAAUUAUGGCAACUACACAGUUACUUACCUACCAGUUGUCAUGUAUCAGGUGCCUUAGGACUGUCUAGCAUGUGUCUGAAAAUGAUGCAUGGAUUCCUCAUCCAAGACAAUGGUCUUCAUUUCCUCAGACUUCAGAGCAUCUACGCAGUGCACUGUGGUUGGUGGUGCUGAGGGCAGUUGCACUGCUCCUCACCACGUUCACGUUCAUAAGAGGAACUAUGGUGUGACAAGCAAAGGCUCUGUGGGCUGGGAAUCAAGGCUCUGAGUUUGGGUUCCAAUGAUAUCACCCUAGGCCAACGAUUUGAGUCUUUGAGCCCCAGUGUCUUCAUUUGUAAAAGGACACUUGCUCUGCUCAGUUCACAAAUAUUGUUUUGAGCAUCAGAUCAUAUGAUUCAUUGUAACCUGAAAACAAAAGUGCUAAACAAAUGUCAGGGAUUCUUAAUAAGUCCCUUAAUCUCGUUUUGUACCUGUUUUCUCCUUUUUCA